AUGAAAGAAGCAAUCGUUAAGAAAGACACCUCAGUCGAAAUUGUCAACUCUCCAAUCCCUAAGCCUGGACCCGGCGAGGUACUCAUCAAGGUCGUAAUCGCAGGAACCAACCCCAAAGACUGGAAGCUUCCCUACUACCUCGACAAGGCGUUCAACAGUGGUGAUGACGUUGCUGGUACCGUCGAAGCAGUAGGAGAGAAUGUUGUCGGAUUCCACAAGGGUGAUCGAGUAGCUGCCUUCCACGAGAUGAAAGCACCGAACGGUGCUUUCGCCGAGUACGCCACUGCACCCUACUACACAACCUUCCACAUUCCUGACUCCGUUUCCUACGAGGAGGCUGCUACCAUUCCCCUUGCUGCCUACACAUCAGUCUGCGCUCUCUUCCAGGAGCUCGCAAUCCCCGAGCCCUGGUCACCACUGGCCAAGUCCACUGACAAGCGACCCCUUCUUAUCUACGGAGCCAGUACCGCGACUGGAGCCUUCGCCAUCAAGCUUGCGGCUGCCGCUAACGUUCAUCCUAUCAUCGCGGUUGGCAGUCAGCGCAGCGCGUUCGUCAAACCCUUUCUUGACGAAAGCAAGGGUGACACACUCGUUGACUACACCGAGCACAAGACAGAAGAGGAGUUGGUCAAGGCAAUCCAAGAGGCUCUCAAGAAGGCUGGUGCUCCUGACGGUCGAUGCUGGAAGGCUUUCGAUAGUGUCUCCGAGGACGACACCGUCAAGCUUGUCACCAAGGCCAUCGCCGGUCCACCAGAUACUACCGGCCAAAAGCCAAAGAUGACGAAUAUUCUCAUGAAGACCAAAGUUGAAGGCGCUGAUCCCAGUGUGGACAUCGUAUGGUCUAUGGUUGGCCAGGUCCACAACAAAAAUGAGCACGACAAGCUCGUUGGCGCGACGUGGGCUGCAGCGUUUUCCAGGGGUCUGCUUGAGGGCUGGUUGACAAGUCAUCCUUACACUAUUGGCAAGAAUGGUCUUGAGGGUUUGUCUGAAGGUCUUAAGGAUCUCAGGAAUGGCAAGACUCGCGCCCAGAAGUUCUUGACGAUUGUUGGCGAGACACCAGGUGCUAGCGCCUAG